AGCUAAGCAUGACCGAGGAAGUGGUAAUAAGUCUCUGGAGUGGUGGUUGAAGAAGUUGAAGUGUCGUUAAAUAAUAAAUUAAAAAUAAAAUAGCAAAAAGUUUUGUUCGUUUAAAUAAAAAUUAAGUAAAUUGAAGUUACAAGUGAAAGAAAUAAAAGUGCCGCCAUCUCCAUCGGCGGUAACUUCCAUGCAAAAUAAUUUCAUAGCAAAGGAGUACAAUCCCCAUCACGCUGCCCAGCAGCAUUAUUUCCAACAUCAUCACCAUCAACGGAGCGUCUCACCUGACGACGAUUCACAAAUAACACCUCCAGGUGGUAUCCGCUGGGAGAUUGAUUCAGCUACAACAACGACGGCGUCAACAGUGGUACCACAACAGCCUCAAUCAAAUAUUAAUGGAUACUCCGAUGAUCAAAUUCAGCCAGGAAGUGGUGGCGGUGCAAAAGAGGUGCGCUACGCACCAUUCGUUGAUUUGGGUGGACAAACACAAGCCUUGCAGGCACCAAUGGCCUCGCCACCAAAUCAAAUGGCCCAACAAGCACCUUUACCACCGCCCCUACCGCUCCAAUUACAACAGCAACGGGCCUAUUCACGUUCAAUGUCAUCACUGCCACCUGAGCCUUUUAUGAUUAUGCGUUCGAAAGCAUUAAAUCGUCGUGUAUAUAUUAAUGUUGGCGGUGUCAAACAUGAAGUAUUAUGGCGUACGUUAGAACGUUUGCCACAUACGCGAUUAGGCCGAUUGCGUGAUUGUAACACACAUGAAGCGAUCACUGAAUUAUGUGAUGACUAUUCAUUGAUUGACAACGAAUAUUUUUUUGAUAGACAUCCAAAAAGUUUUAGUUCAAUAUUAAAUUUUUAUCGAACAGGAAAAUUACAUUUAGUGGAUGAAAUGUGUGUGCUAGCAUUUAGUGACGAUUUAGAAUAUUGGGGUGUCGACGAACUCUAUCUCGAAUCAUGCUGUCAACAUAAAUACCAUCAACGGAAGGAGCAUGUUCACGAAGAAAUGCGAAAAGAAGCGGAAUCCCUACGGCAACGGGAAGAAGAGGAAUUUGGUGACGGUAAAUGUGCACAAUAUCAAAAAUGGUUGUGGGAUCUCUUGGAGAAACCUACAACAUCAAUUGCUGCACGGGUGAUAGCCAUCAUCUCAAUCCUGUUCAUAGUUCUAUCAACAAUUGCACUCACUUUGAAUACGAUACCCAGCUUUCAAGUGGAAAACGAUCAAGGGACGGUCCAAGAUAAUCCACAGCUCGCUAUGGUUGAGGCAGUGUGCAUAACAUGGUUUUCACUUGAAUAUAUCCUACGAUUCAGUGCUUCCCCUGAUAAGUGGAAAUUUUUUAAAGGAGGUUUAAACAUCAUCGAUUUACUAGCGAUAAUGCCAUACUACAUUUCAUUAUUUCUACUGGAAACAAAUAAAAAUGCAACAGAUCAAUUUCAAGAUGUGAGACGUGUUGUACAAAUAUUUCGUAUUAUGCGUAUAUUACGUAUAUUAAAAUUAGCACGACAUUCAACUGGUUUACAAUCAUUAGGAUUUACGUUAAGGAAUUCAUAUAAAGAAUUGGGUUUAUUAAUGUUAUUUCUUGCAAUGGGUGUAUUAAUAUUCUCAUCAUUGGCAUAUUUUGCUGAAAAAGAAGAGCCAGGUACAAAAUUCAGUUCAAUACCAGAAACAUUUUGGUGGGCUGGCAUCACAAUGACAACUGUAGGUUACGGAGACAUUUAUCCGACAACCCCACUUGGGAAAGUUAUUGGAAGCGUGUGUUGUAUUUGUGGUGUUUUGGUCAUUGCGUUACCCAUUCCCAUUAUUGUUAAUAAUUUUGCUGAAUUUUAUAAAAAUCAGAUGAGACGUGAAAAAGCAUUAAAACGUAGGGAGGCAUUAGAACGUGCAAAACGUGAGGGCAGUAUUGUAUCAUUCCAUCAUAUCAAUCUACGUGAUGCGUUCGCUAAGUCAAUGGAUUUAAUUGAUGUUAUUGUCGACACUGGCCAUAAUAUAUCACAAGCGGAUGGUAAUAGCACAGAAGGUGAAUCGGCAUGUGGGCGUAAUCCAACACAAACAGCUGUUGGUUGCUAUCGUAAUUUUGAUCAUUAUCAAACAUCCACCACGGCCACCGCUGCGCAACAACAGCUACAGCAAAGACAUCGUCGAAGUAAUUCAUCAUCAACACAAAAUAUGCAACCAUUCGCCAACAUUCCUACGUCACAACAACAUUUACAAUUACAGCAUCAAAGUUCGUUACCAUCUGUACAACCAGAUGGCUCUGUUAUGACCUCGUCUGUUAUGAUGACACCACCAGAUCAAAGAUCUACAAUGUUACUAGAUUUACAAUAUCCAGAUGAUGAUUUUCAGAAUAGUGAUCCGCCGUUUGAUGAAACAUCCGCGUUACAGGCAUCUACUAAAGGGUAUAUUUCACCAGGGGAUGAUGUAAGUAAGCGUUCCAUGGAUGCAAAAUCAAAACUUGAUAAACUUAUUGAUGAGUUGCCAAGUGAAUUUGAAUGCUGUUUCUGUAAUACAAAGGAUUAUAAGGAGUUUACCGAUCCAGAAGAUUUAUUGCCAUUACCAUCCAGUGAUCUAAAGCAAACUGUUUGUUUGGAGAUGAAAAUGUUACGGCAUCAAGCAAACUUAACCAGUAGCAUGCAAAGUAUGAUAAUGAUGGGAGCUGGAGAUCGUCGAGAUACUUCCGAUGUACUCACUCUACGUCAAGCGUCAACUGCCACGGUACCACAAAAUAACAAUAACGGUGGUGGAGAUAUUGGAAGUAUCGACAGUUCUGAUACCUACGCUAGUUGUAAUACACAUCCAUUCCAUUCGCAAGACGAUUUGAAAUCAGAUAUUGUAGAUAAUUCAUGUGCCAUGCCAACAUCAGCUGCUGCAACUCCUGGUGACAGUAAUUUAUAUGUGAAUCCAUUCGAUAAGAAUGAUGACAGUGGGAAUAAUGCUGGUGUUGUCGUCGCGUUACCACCACGAGGUGCCGGUGUUGUUAAAAAAUCUGCAUCAGGUGAUACCGCUUUACGUAGUUUAGGUACAUCACCAAUGGAAGAAGCAUUUCGUGGAUUUGGUGGUACUGUUGAACGUGGUAGUCGUGGCAGUUUAAAUGAUACACCGUUACCGAAGCAUAGAAAAACUAGAUUUCAACAGUUUUAUGGUUUUGCUUCAAUUUUUUGUUUGUUUCAGGGUAUCAAACAGCGGGCACGUUUUGGUGGUACAAAUCCCCCAUUGGGUAGUGAUCGUGUGUCUCAGGAAAGUUUGGAAAUUCGUAAGACGAGUAGGAAAUCAUCAUCGUUUAUUCCAAGUACCAAAAGUUUUGCAUCGGCUACCAAAAUUAUCAAUCAACAUUUGUUUAGUCUCCAAUCGUUAACUGGAACUAAAAGUGGUAAAAAUGGCAGCAGCAAAUCAAGUUUAUCAGUGGAUUCAAUUGAUCGACCAGUAAGUCCACAAUUAGGUGACACCCAUAAACGUUCAAAGUCAAUAUUGAAGAAGACCGAUAGUGGCGGAGGUGGACAUCAUCACCAUCAUCAUCAUCGGAACGAUCGGAAUGGUCGUAAUAUUGGUGGCUAUGAAGAUCCAGAAAGUGAACGACUCAUAUCUGAUAACAUAUCUGCAUCUGGUGUAUCUGAUAAUGGUUGUGGUGGAAUGGAUGCUGGCAGUGGAUCCGGUAGUGAUUAUUCACCAGCGAAAUAUCCAUUACUAGCGAAAUCUGUAUCACCACCAAUUCAACGUAGACAUCGGUCGUUAGGUUCAACGGGAAUGGCAACAAAAUCAAAUAAACCAUCAGCGCUUCCAUUAAAAUAUCAUCAUCAAGACAAUUACAACAAUGGCAACCAUAAUAAAAAACAAUUAAAAUCACCAUUAUUUUUAUUAGAUGACAUUUUAACAGUAACACAUAGUAACAAUGAUACAACAAUUAAAUAUAAUAAUAAAGAUAACAGUGCAACAACACAAAACAACGAAAUACCAUUAUAUAUAUGUCCACCGCCACCAUCAAUGGAUCAGGAUGAACGUGACCAAGAUUCGGCAUCACCAACUGAAGAAACAAAAUUAUUAUUACAUCAUCAACAUCAUCAUUUACAUAAUACUACGUCAUCAAUCCAACAACAACAACAACAGACCGCCAAUCAACAGCAAACUGCAAAUAAAAAGAGUAAUAAAUGUAGUAAUUUAGUAGUGACUUCGACAGAUAUUAAAGGCCAUGAUAGUACAUCGUAGCAGUCAGAGUUAUUAAAUCAUCAUCACAUUACAAAAAAAUACAAUAUAAUUUACAAUAAUAAUAAUAAAAAUGCGUCCGAACAAUCUUCUAAUUUAUUUCUAAUUAAUAAAAUUAAUCACGUAUUCAAAUGCUAUUUAAAACGUUUCUUAACUCUAC